AUGAACCCUUUCGACCGCCUGCCCGACGAACUCCUCCGCUACAUCUUCGACUUCCUGAGCGUCUCGAAGGACCCGUACUUGAAGGGAGACCUCCGGCGGUGUCUUUUCGUAUGCCAACGCUUCUACCAGCUCGCCCGACCCCUCCUCUGGCGGCGCAUCCACGUCCACUCGAAGCGAGACCUCGACUUGGUCCUGCUCGACAAGCGCACGGGCGACACGAGCGAGUACACGACGUCCCUCUGUCUUGCCAACAAGAUGAGCUUCAAGGAAGGCGCGGCUUCGAAGGAAGACUUCGAGGAGCUCGUUGGAUUCCUGCCCCGAGUCAAGGACGUCUCGUUGCACGCUUUACAGCUCGACAUGAUUCCCUUCGACGCUGUGAGCAGUCUCAAAUUCUUGACCACGCUCUCGAUCCGCAACGUCUCCGACGAAUGGACCGGCUUCAGCUCGAAUCAACUAGUCUCGCUCGAGAUAAUCGGCUGUCGCCUGUCUACGUCAGCUUUCCUCACACAGCGCGACUUCCCGCACUUGCGAGCGCUUUCCCUCUUUGUCGAACCAACAUUGAACCCGUUCGUCCCAACCUUGAGUUAUGCCGCUCUCGACCCGAAGCUUCUCGUCCAGCUUGACAUGCUUCAGCUGCCUCUUCAAGACGCCCUCGCCUCGGGAUCCAUCUGGGCACCUCUUCAGCAAGUUCCGACUCUCCUCUAUCAAUGGUCCGGCGACUCUACGGGCCGCUGGCGGGCACCUCCUCGAUUUUGGCGGAAGCCCAACCUGGUACUCAUCGAGCACGUCCUUGUGGAACGUGACUACAGCUCCUUUGGCUUGCAUAUCUCCGAGUACUCUUCCCUCAAGACGGUCUCGAUCGCACACGGCUUCUCGACACCAGACGUCGCAGGGCUGGUCAAGAUAUGUCUCGAAAAGGGCAUCAAAAUCAUCUCGGUUGGGUGCGGGAACGACCUCGGCGUCAAACAGGACUUCUGGACGUACGCAAAGCGAGAGAAGGAGGCGCUCAAGCGGGCGUAG